AUGCAGUGCAGCCCCCAGCUGACCUCCGUCCUCCAAGAUGAGUGUGGGUCAGGGCCGCUGAGGGAGGACGGGGCUCCCGGGCUGCGGGAAGGUUGGGCAAGCAACCUCCAGGGUAGAAGCUGGAGGCUGGGCAGCUGUGGGGCGGGGGACCAUUGCCGCCUGUCCCCUGGCAGGUUCCACAUGGGCGUGGCGGGCGACGGCGGAGGCUACACGGUGGAGGUGAGCAUCAACGACUAUCUGGAUAUCUACUGCCCACACUACGGGGCCCCUCUGCCACCAGCGGACCGCAUGGAGCACUACGUGCUGUACAUGGUCAACGGCGAGGGUCACGCAUCCUGUGACCAUCGGCAGCGUGGCUUCAAGCGCUGGGAGUGCAACCGGCCCGCAGCGCCCGGCGGGCCACUCAAGUUCUCCGAGAAAUUCCAGCUCUUCACGCCCUUCUCUCUGGGUUUUGAGUUCCGUCCUGGCCACGAGUACUACUACAUUUCUGCCACACCUCCCAACGCUGUGGACCGGCCCUGCCUGCGGUUGAAGGUUUAUGUACGGCCGACUAAUGAGACCCUGUAUGAGGCCCCCGAACCCAUCUUCACCAGUAACAAUUCCUGCAGUGGCCUGGGCAGCUGCCACCUCUUCCUUAGCACCGUCCCUGUGCUCUGGACCCUCCUGGGCUCCUAGUCCUGAUCCUGAAGGAUGCUGGCCCCACCAGGACCCACUUACACCUGCGACCUCAGCCCUGCCCAUGACCACAGCCGCCUCCGAGACCAAAUAGACGCUGCUUCUCCCUGGUGGUGCUGCCCACUGGAGGGGCAGCCAGGACCCCCCCCCCCGACACCCAAGGGGGACUGGGAUGGCCCCAGGCCUGGCCACCUUCCUCCAGAGGGACUGCUGAGGAACCCCGGCCCUUCUUGGCAAUUGUUCUUUUGUGUGUUUUCAUGGUUGGAUAGGAAAGACUUUGUGUUUUUUAACUUAAUUUAUUCCCCACUGUUGCCGGUGACUUUGGGAAACAGAAUUAAUGAGGGUAAGGGGACACUGGACCGGCCUGCUCCUGUGCUCCACAAAUGCUGGCCGACCCUCAGGCACCCUGGGACAAGCAAGCCUGAGCCAGAAGAAGGCAGCAGUGUGAACCACGAGAAGGCAGCAGUAUGAACCCCCUAGUCGUGGUCUAGGGGACAUCAGGCCUCCAUCUCAGCGCCCUCCCCCCCAUUCUUGGGGGGAUUAUUUUCCAGCCACGGUUGAGCCACAGCUGUCCCCUCCAACUCUCAGAACCACUUUGGCUAGCCUGUGCAAACAAGCCCCCUUCUCCCCGUCCCCCACACCUGGGCCCUCCAUCCCGCACUACCAUCUCAUUUCUAGGGCUGGAAAGACGUUAUAUUUCUGUAAAUAGAACCAGCAAGUAUAUACUGUGAUUUAUUUUUAAUGUAUUCCUGAGGAUGGACUGGAAAUCUUGGUUUGUUUGUUCUUUUUUUUUUUUUCUUCAACCUUUUGUCAGGGGGGAG